GAGGGAUCUACCGGUAUGAUACGAUGCGAGUAUAUUGAGCCCUAAUAGCCCAGCACUCUAUUUCGGUCCUCUCAUCUACCGUACAAUGGUACCUGUAGUCCUAAGUCCCAGUCCCCUUGUGCCCAGAGCAUUGAAUCGGUUAUGUAUGUUACGCUAGAGAGGCAGCCACAGCGCAGUAUGAUACUGGAGGACCGGUAGUUGUGCAGGUCUGUAAAACCUGGCCCUCCGGAAAUUCACAAAGCAUAAAGUUUGAGAAGAUAUUUGCCUGUCAAUGCUCGAGCCUCGCAUGAUACUUGUACCAGCACAAGGAAACACAGCCUUAAUCAGAGUGAGGGGGAAAUACCGGUAAGAGGGAAGGGUGCUGUAACCAGCUUAGUAAAUCGUGAGGAAAAUUUUCCCAGUAGCGCCGAUUCACCUGUGGUCAUACCGUAGCAUCGCACUGGCCCACCCGGAGUGGAAUGGUGUCUGUGUGACGGCGUCAUGUCACACCUCCUGACACCCGUACUACUUGUUGGCGGGACAAGAGGGGAAGGAGAAGAGAAGAAAAAAGAAAAGGAAUCAGACAUCUGCCGACGGCUCUUUCUUGCUGGUUCACACAAAGGCGCAAGCAAGGCCCGUCAGUUUGGUCAUCCCGCCAUCCCCGUUUCCAACUAUCGCUGGUGGUGAGGAAAACUUCGCUACUCGUCCCAGGGGAUAACAACACGAAACGAAGCCUGGUCCCUCCCUGAAAGCUGGAAUUUGACGCAACACUACAUACGACCGCUGGUAGCCCCAACCCAGCAGCACCACCCACCACAGACGAACAUCCACCACAUUCACCACCACCAACCAUAACCACACCGGCUGAGUGAGGUGCGAGGCUGGGAUUGAGCCAUUUAUCGUUGCAUCCACGGCUCAUUGAUUCGCGGUGGCCAUACCUUAGGGGAUAUACAAUAUCAAACUUGUGAGUAAGCGGUUCCUGAGAUAAGGAAGAAGGGGUCUAUUGGAGUGAGAGGGCGGGGCGAGGGUGAGGGCGAGAGAGCACGCAUCCUUACGGCAGUUGGACAGAGGAACAGGAGGAUUGAGGGGUGCAUAUCGUACCAGGGACAGCAGGAAGUAAGGUGACGGUGAGGGUGGAAUAGAGAGACAUUCAAGGGAUACCAUUGCCUCUGUCGCACCCUUCCCGUCCUUUCUGCCCCGAAGAGACUUUGAAAGGUCUGAGAUCACCAUGGUAAUAUGGACUCUCAUCGCUGUAGCACCCCUUGGAUGAAUUCCCCUUCCACCCUCCUUUCCUUUCGCUUCCGUCCCCCUCGGGCGGUUCUCUCUUGGGCUUGAGCGGGCCUAAUCCCGGUCCUUUUAUUGAUAGUUUCUUCUCGCAUGAUAUUUACGGUUGUUUCAGUUCUUUUUUUUUUUUUUUUUUUUUUUAAUCUCUCUUUUCCUUUCACUUGCACAUCCUGUUUGUUUCUUCCUCCCAUCGCAUCGGGCUCAUCUGCUUUGUGAGCCGUUCAUCUCUGUCUGUCUCUGCCUCCGGUGCUGGUUACUGGUCGGAAAGGGAUCGCUAUACACAGCAGAUCUGCCUCGUCAUAGCAUCCGCUUCGGAGUAGGCACCACCACUAGCCCGCAAGGACUACGAACCAGGAACCAGGCUUCCGCGUCCGAGCUGGAGUAGCCGCAUCCAAUUUUGCAGCCUCGUUGGAAUCUAAACCAAGGAUCCGGGUUACUGCGGACGCCAGCACUGUGGUUUGGGUCGGUUGUUGGCCUCCCUCACCGCUCUGCUACAUCCCACUGCGUUUGGCUGCAUAAUAGUCCCCUCUUCUCUGCGCGGUACAGAGGGGAAAAAAGGAAAAAAAGGAAAAUCUUUCAGCAAUUGCCCCGCUUCAGAAACGGACCCCUUGAUCUGGAUUCGUCUCGAGGUCCGUCAUAUACCCUUCGGUGUCCCUUUCCUCGUCGCACUUGUCGCCAGUGCCAGUGUCGUGCUUCACCCUGGGGCUAAGGGCCAGACAGAGACAUUGACUUUUUCCUUCUUUUGUUUCGUUAAAUUUUUACCCUCGCAUUGGGUUGCAGACUGUCCAUAUGCCACUCUCUUCGAGCUCUUCCUCCUCUUCUGAGCAAUUUUCCUGCCGUCCUCCGCCCACUCCACCCUAUAAUCCUAUCCCAAUUAAUUCGAAGAUGGAUUGCUCAGCCUCUUCGCAAUCGACCAAGAAGAACUCUUACUCACUAGAACGCUUUUUACAGGAACCUGCCUCUCCUUCUCCACGCACCGCACAUAAGUCAGGUUACCGUCCACAUAGCUCGAUGUCACGUUCACAGGCAUUACAAAGCCCAACUUCUAGCGUGGGAACGUAUCCCGGCUUGGGCCAGGCGAGCAACAGGAGGCCUAGGUUGCUUUUGAUGGGACAGCGGAGGUCUGCUUACUCUGCUUUCCUUUCAAUUGACUGUAUUGCCGAUUGGGGUCUUGAAAUGAGUGGAUUCGUGGGUGCGGAUUGGCUUACCUUUUCCAUAUAGGAGCGGGAAAUCAUCGAUUAGCUCGGUGGUGUUCCACAAAAUGCCACCUACCGAGACGCUGUUUCUUGAGUCCACAACUCGAAUCCAAAAGGACCCGAUCCAGUUAGUGCCAAUAUUCGUUCUAGAACGAGGCUUCAUUGCUAAUAUUUGGCUUCUGCAUAGCUCUUUUAUGGAUUUUCAAGUUUGGGAUUUUCCUGGCCAACUCAAUUUCCUGGACCCAACCUUCGACUUUGAUCACAUUUUUGGCGAACUCGGCGCUUUGAUCUGGGUCAUUGAUGCUCAAGAUGAGUAUCUAGAACCCCUUUCCAAUUUGCACACGACAAUCAUAGCCAUCCAGCGUUUCUACCCAGCCAUCAACAUUGAAGUCUUUGUCCACAAGGUUGAUGGACUAUCAGAUGAAUACAAACUUGACACCCAACGUGAUAUCAUGCAGCGAACCCAGGACGAGCUUUCUGAUAAUGGACUUGAUAAUGUGCAGGUCUCUUAUCACCUGACUUCGAUCUACGAUCACUCAAUAUUCGAGGCAUUCUCCAAGGUUAUUCAGAAGCUGAUUCCACAGCUGGGAACUUUGGAGAAUCUGUUGAAUGUCCUUUGCUCAAAUUCUGGAAUUGAGAAGGCAUUUUUGUUUGAUGUUCUGAGCAAGAUAUACAUCGCGACAGAUAGCAGCCCCGUCGAUAUGCAGAGCUACGAGAUCUGUAGCGAUUAUAUAGACGUGAUUGUUGAUGUGUCCGAGAUUUAUGGGUAUGCAGUCGACCCGUUAGCCGCAUUAAAUAUGCCGGCUGCUAACCCCUGAUCAUUAGAUACGACCGCAAGCCUCAGGGCCAAGUCUCUUCCCCGACCUCGGAGGCCCCAAGCGAAACGCAGCAAGAGGAAGAAGAAGCAACGCUGGAGGCGAGCAGCAUAAUUAGGCUGCAAAAUGGGAUGGUUCUUUAUCUUCGGGAAAUCAAUAAGUCAUUGCCCUUGCCCCUGUGUCUCCUUUAUUUCACCUCGAUGGAUUCGCGUGAUACCUGCCCUCCAGACUUCCCUGCCAACUGCCCGCAAUUACAGUUCAUGGGCUAAUAUGUUUUUCCGAUCGAAUAGGUACCUCGCCCUGAUCUGUCUGAUGCGUAAGGACAGCAUUGAGAGACAGGGAUUGGUCGAUUUCAAUGUUCAGGUGUUCCAAAAUGCCUUACAGCGGGUAUUCGAGGUCGGGAGGUAGUCUAAUUCUUACAUGCUGGCUGACUAACUCCCUUUCGUCUAUUUGUUUCUAAAACUCCCGUUCCUCAUUUCUACACUUUUAUUUCUCAUCAGCAUCGCUAUGGGUUUCCCUUUUCUACUCACCCCCUUCACCUCUCUUCUCCCUCUUUGUUAUUUCUUUCUUUCUCUUGGUGAUAACGACGCAGGCGCCAGGCGAUAGAUGGGAAUUCUCUCGUUUCAUAUCCUGCUUUGUCUGAAUUUCAAAUUAUCUAUCGCGUGCACGAUCUUGCAUACGAGGAGUUUUGUUAUCGGGGUGUUUUUUCUUCUGCUAUGGUAUUCAUUCUUACUUCUCGCCACGGUAAUAGUAAUGGUAUUGAAUUGUGGGAGGGGGGGGUAUUACACAUAUCGUCAUCACUGUCAUGAACCUAUAGCCCCCCUAAUAACGUGCCUAAAACCUAAGAUAAUAUAUGUCGGAUAAGUCACUCUGCGACUUCGUGACUGAACUUGCGGCAUGGAAACAAUUUGCAGUAUUGUACCGGUAUGUGGUUUUGUGCGAGCAGAAUGUGGAUUAAUCAAUAAAUAAACAUAACCGAGAGCACGUGGCUAUGCAAUGUAAUCUAUGCAAGGGCGCUUUUUUUUUUCGUUUUUUUAAAAAGGGGCAUGGUGUAAUAAUUAUAUAAUACCAGAUUCCGCA